AUGGUGGAUCUGAGGCGAUGGCGCCUCGAGGCGCUGCAGCAAAUGCGGCUUGCGCUGCCGAUGAUGGGUGUUAAUCUCAUGCAGUUCGCCAUCCAGAUCACGUCCGUGAUGCUCGUCGGCCAUCUCGGCGAGCUCCAGCUCUCGAGCGCCUCCAUCGCGACAUCGCUGUGCACGGUCACCGGCUACAGUCUCUUGCAAGGCCUUGCCACCGGCCUUGAGACCCUGUGCGGCCAGGCGUUUGGAGCCAAGCAAUACCACAAGGUCGGCCUCUACUUGUAUCGAGCAGUGCUGGUUCUUCUCGCCGUCGCGAUUCCAGUGGCAGUGCUAUGGCUCAACAUGGAACGUUUCCUCCUCGUCCUCCAUCAGGCUCCAGACAUAUCGUCCAGCGCUGGAAUCUACGCGCGAUGGCUCGUCCCGGGGCUCUUCGCAUUUGGCUUCCUCCAGCCACUCAUCAAGUUUCUCCAAGCGCAGAGCUUCGUGCUUCCGAUGUUCUUGUGCUCGUCGGUGACUUUGGUGGUCCACGUUUCGAUCUGCUGGGUGUUCAUAUACAAGGUUGGUAUGGGAAACGCUGGAGCAGCACUGGCGACGAGUGUUUCCAACUGGAUCAACGUCUUCUUCCUCGCCGGAGUGGCGCUGCUCACUCCCCGGUGUCGCAAGUGUUUGCCAGAGUUAUCCAUGGAGGUUUUCGAGCAUGUUUUCGAAUUUUUGAAGUUGGCAGUGCCUUCUACGCUCAUGUUCUGCUUGGAGUGGUGGUCGUUUGAGUCCCUCGUUUUGCUCUCAGGCGUUCUUCCCAAUCCCAAGCUUGAGACGUCUGUGUUCUCCAUCAUGCUAAACAUCAUCAACUUCUGCUACAUGGUUCCUUAUGGUAUCAGUGCAGCAGCAAGUACUCGCAUUUCCAACGAGCUCGGUGCCGGGCAUCCAUUUGAAGCUCGGCUCUCGCAGGGCGUUUCUUUCGGCCUGGCUGCCAUUGACGCAGUGUUUGUGUCAACCCUCUUGUUUUGCCUCCGUGACGUUCUUGGCCGGGCUUUCAGCAAUGAGGCAGAAGUGGUCGGCCAUGUUUCGCGAAUGAUUCCAAUUCUUGCUGCAAUGACCGUCAUGGAUGCAUUUGCCGGAGUUGUAUCGGGUUCUGCUAGAGGGUGUGGUUGGCAGAUGCUUGCAACAAUUGCAAACUUGGGAGCCUUUUACGUUGUUGGUUUGCCUGUAGGAUGUAUCCUAGCAUUUGUCGUUGGUCUCGGUGGGAAGGGACUUUUGAUUGGAGUUCUCUCGGGAGUGUCAACGCAAGCUGCAGUUCUGUCUGUAAUAGCCCUCUCCACAAACUGGGCAAAGCAGGCACAAGCAGCGAUGAUUCGUGUGGACUCCGAGACAAUCCCACUCCUUUGCUAAGUUUCUAGCUUUGUCUUUUGGCCAUUUUGAAAAGUCGUCUUUGAUAGCUUUGCCUUUGAGUUUGUCGCUUUGGCGCUGGGACUGUCGCUGCUGCCAGCUCUUCCACCACUGCCGCCAGCUCUUCCGCCUCCUCCCUGGCUGCCGCUGUGUCCAGCUUCUGCAUUCCUUGCCAUGAUCUGCGCACAAACUAUAAGUGCAUCACGAGCAGGGAUGAACUUGGAAAAAAUCUCAAGUCUCUUGACAUGGAUCCCACCAUCCAUUCUUGUUGCAGUCAAGGCGUUUGGCGUCAAAGCGACUGUCCAGGUUAGUAGUUUCGCCUUUUUCUCUCUCUCUCUUGAGCUUUCGUUCUUUCUUUACGACUUGCAUUGCAAGCAUUCGUCACCGCACGCGUUACAUUUUGACAUGACACUCCUGCGUAGCUUUUGCGUUUGUCCAGGUUUGCAACAAAGGAUCUUUACCUUUUUACGGACUCUUGUCAGGGCGACAGGCCUCAAGAAGAAAGAGCUCAUGGGGAAGUCUGCCCAUACUUGAGGCUGGUCCUCGGUGAAGGACCGUUUGCCAAUCCAGAAUGGAACGAAACCUUUCAUGUUCUGGAUCCAGAAUGUCUUACGAGGUACGUGGUUCUACUACAAGCAUUUCAACGAACUUAAAUGGGCUUCCACGCGGACCCAUGCUUAUGCAAGAUCAUGGUGUCUCUAAUGGAAAAGGUUUGUUUCUUUUUCUUUUCUCCCAUUCAUGUGGAUUUUGGUUUGAAACUUCUCGGUGGCGACUUAAUGGCAAUUCCAUGGCUUAUGGAUCUUUGUACUGACAAAGCUGACUUCGCAGGACCUGAUCAAGGAUUACUUGUGGCCCAGAACAAUGGAACCAACGUCCUAGACGAUCCGAGCCACCUGUUGGAAUGCUGGAAGUGAAGGCUGUCAGGGCGACUGGCCUCAGGGAAAAAGACUGACUCAUAUGCAAGGCUGGCCCGUGUUUGCCAAGAAGAAAACGACCGUGAAAAUGAACAAGAAGAAGACAAGGUUCUAUCUAUAAGCACAAUAGCAACCUUAAAUUGGCUUGAAGACAAUUGAAGCCUCGUGACUCACACAGCGUCGAAAAAGCUCCCGAAGGACGUGGUUUGCCUGUCCAUGGUGUCGAAGACUUGGAAAGCAAGCAUCACAAGAAACCGUACGUGAGGCUCGCAUUUAGCAAAGGAAACCAAGGCUAUAAAGAAGAUCCUGGAGUUCCAGUACCUUGUAGCGGAGCACCAGUGGGCGAGUGGAAAGCAAUGGGAAAUGGAUACCACCUGCUUGUCUAUAUGCUGUUUUGAUAGUGUUGCGGAGCCCAACUUGAAGCAUGAGACUGAUGUUCAUUUUCA